UGCUCGUAUCUUUUGAUAGUGUUUGCUAUCUUGUGUGGAUACCUUAUGCCAGUACCCUGCUGUGUCUCCCUUUUCCUUUGUCCAGAUCCAAGACUGUGUCACGCCAGACCGAGCAAUGCCGUCACCAAAACAUGAAUGCAAGACAAGGUGCUAUCUCCGUGCAAGUAUCCCCAAGGCGGCGUUAAGUAUUUUAUAGAAGUGUGUCGCCCUUCUUUUCCUGCUCAUCGUCUUCAACUGCUCCCUCACAUCAGAAUCUUUCAAAUCACCAUUCCACACCGUGAUCAUGGCAGACCAAAACCAAAACCCAGACAGGUACGCUAUCCCAUCCGCUCUUCUGCAUCUUCCAGUUAACCAGCCAGCACGCCCCCCGCCGCGGAGAACCCAGUUGCCUCCGCUACGUACCUUAGCCUUCUUCAGGAAGCACGCACUGCAAACGGCGAGCAUACCAGGUUCUUCGCCUUACUUUCUCAAAUGGAAGCCUCAUUCGAAACCGUGAUAACUGGGAAAGACAAAGUGAUUGCCGUCUGCGAUGCGACAGAGAAGGCGCAAAACAGGCUGAUCGCCGCCUUGGAGGCACAGGUUAAGGCGAAAGACAACCAGAUCGCCGUCUUCGAGGCAGACAUCAAGGCGAAAGAUGCCGUGCUCACUCGCCAGGUCGAGGAGAUCGAAACGAAACUGAACGAGGUUGCGGCAAGGUAUGAGAAGAGGGAAGAGGCUUGACAAAAUAACAGACGAGUAUCGGAGGUUAUGCGAGGAGAGGU